AUGACAAAUAUUAAAAGAAGAAUCAAUAAAUGGAUUCAACAUAAAUUGGCUUGGAUACCAUUUUCAAAAAACACAAACAUUGACACUGAAGCAUUAUACAAAUUAAGGGCUUUUACUAAACGUAAUAAUAAAUCUAAUCUUGAUCCAACUAUUCCUGUAGGUCAAUCUGAUCAAAGUACAAAUAUUUCAACACCAGUUUUUACAGAUGGUCAAGCACCUACUGGAGUUGAAUUUCCAGACAGUUAUAAAGAUGAUCAACAUAAAAAGUCAAUGAUGAAUAUUAAAGGUAAAAAAAAGGGUGAUGUUGGAAAAAAUGAUGAUGAUAGUAAUUUAAUCUAUUCGGAACCAAAUUUACAAAGUACUGGCUAA